CCCCUCGGCGGCCCCUCUCCCCACCGCCCCCGUCGCCGCCCCCAGCCACCGCCCCUCCCUCGCCUCCUCCAGCCGCCGCCCCUCCCCUUGACGGCCGAGCCACCGCCGCACCCGUCGUCCGGCCGAGCCAACCCCCAGUGCCCUCACCUCCCCGAGCCGCCGCCUCUUCCCUCGAAGGCCCCAGUGACCGCCGCACCCAUCUCCGGCCGGAUCCACCGCCCCUCCCCUCGCCUGCUCCAGACGUUGGUCCUCCCCUCGCCUCCCCGAGCCGCCGCCCCUACCUCCAUCGUCGCCGCGGCCUCCUACGGCCAGAUCCCGCCGCCGGCGGCUGACGAAUCGGCCCGCCGUCCUCGUCUAUCCUCUUCUUCGCGUGCUCGGGGGAAACCCUAGAUGGAGAUUCAACCGGAGGAGUUCCCGUCCGAGAUGGAGAAUCUCCUGCCGGAGGAGUUCCUUAACCUUUGGAAGUUGGAUGAUGAUGAUGAUGAUGAUGAUGAUGAUGAUGCUAACUUUUGGGAUGAGCCUGGCGACUUUUGGACUGAGGAGGAUAAGGACCAUUGCAGGCGGAUGGAGAAGUAUAUGAAGGAGCUAGAGCUGGUGGAGAAAAAGUCCGAAGAGCAUGACGAUGGGGAUCGUAGGGCGGCAUGGAAGCCGUCCGAGAUGGAUUUUUUGUUGGAUAUCUCGGUGAUGCUAGAGAAGAAGCUGAUGGGUAUACAGGAGAAAGUACAUCAGAAGAUGCUGCCGCUCAAGGAAGGUCGAAAAGAGGGGGUGCGGGCGCACAAGAAGCUCAUGGAUCACUUCCGUAAUUAUUUCCCGGACUAUCAUGAGUUCCGGCUCAAUUGGGUGAAUUUCAAGGACUCUUUCCGCGGGAUGGCAGGAAAUUCCUACAUCACAUUCGAGGACAUCACGCCUGAAUUUGCCAUGAAGUACACGUAUAGAAAAGAAGGUGUGCCCCGUGAGGGCACCUCCGAGAGUCUACAGAUUUAUUCAGUGAAGGUUGCUGGAAAGCCGGUUCAACAAAAAAAAAAGAGGAAGGUCGCUGGAAGCAGCACACAGUGGCCUCUCGAAGUGUUUGGUGUGGUUGCUGUACGGGAUUGUUUUGAUCCAAGACGCAACCUCAUCUUCUACCGGGAUAGGGAUAACUGUCAAAUCAUCACAAAAGAGGUCCUACUCAUGCUGUUAGGAUGUUUCGGAAUGGUCAUGUUAUGAUUGAGGCUGAGCUAAAAGUGAAGGGUGCUGUUGAACGAGAGGACAAAUAUUUAAUCGCUGAUGGUAAAAUAGUAAGACCAUUGGCUGGUUUAGACUCAGUUGAGCUGACUAGCCCAGGUGAGUGGAAAAUGAAUAUUGCAGUUGGAGGACUUGAGACGUGUGGAGGCCACAAUAUUCAUCAGAGUCAUUAAUGGGACAUGGCCAAUUGGUUUUCAUGGUCAAUUUGCUGCCCGUACUGCCAGUAUAAAUGAGAAAAUCAUCCUUAUUGAUCUCAAUGGUGACGAUGUGACUAGUAGUGGUGUUGAUCGCCACAUGGAGCAGUUGCGCCAUGUUGUUUCUGUUGAAGCUUCAGGAGAGCUGAUAGUGUCAUUCCUGGCUUGGAAUGGCGAGGAGGAAGUGAUUUCAGGGGAGGAGAUAUUCAAGGCGAAGAUGUCAGGUAGAAGUUUUCGUUAUCAUAAGAUCAGCUCAUGCAAUUUGGGUGUACUAGUCGUCUGGUCCCGCAUUCAGCCAUCUCGGGCAAUCCCGCAAUACAGCUAAAGAAAAGAAUGUAUUAUUAUUCAUAUGUUUGUUC